AUGAAUUCUCUGGACAAACGAGUUCCUAGGAGUUUGAAUGACGAGCAGAUUAGAGAAAUUAAGGAUGCUUUUGAUAUGUUUGACGUUGAUGGAUCUGGCAAAAUUGAUCCUCAAGAACUUUGCGUUUCGUUAUAUACGCUAGGGUUUGAUGGAGUUCGCGAUGAAGUUAAAAAAAUCAUUGCAGAACUAGAAAAUAUUAAAGGCAGAUACAUAGAUUUUCCAGAAUUUCUGAAAUUAGUUAAUGCAACCAUGCAAAAUCGCGAUCCCCAAGAUGAAAUGGAUAAAGCAUUUCAACGAUUUGAUGAUGAUUGCACAGAUAGAAUUUCAUUUAGAAAUCUUAAGCGUGUUUCACUUGAGUUGGGCGAACAAUUAACAGAUGAAGAGCUUCAAGAAAUGAUUAGAGUUGCAGAUAUAGACAAGGAUGGAGAAAUAGGAAAAGAUGAUUUCAGACAAAUAAUGAAAACUUCCGAUUUUUAA